CCCAUCUCUGCCACUGCAAACCUGUCUGCCUCCUUCUCCUGCCAGGCCUCGCAGGAAACGCUGGCUCUGCUACCGGAGCCCCAGGAGCCCCCAUGAGUGCCGGUGAAGGGAGUGCUGGAUAGCGAGGUCCCAGCUGGUCCAGGGGUGGGCACCCCACCAUGCCGCCCAUCCUCCAGCGCCUGCAGCAGGCCACCAAGAUGAUGAGCCGCAGGAAAAUCCUCCUGCUGGUGCUAGGGUGCAGCACCAUAAGCCUCCUCAUCCACCAGGGGGCGCAACUCAGCUGGUACCCCAAGCUGUUCCCCCUGAGCUGCCCGCCUCUGCGAGAGUCACCACCGCGCCCGAAACACAUGACCGUAGCCUUCCUGAAGACGCACAAGACGGCAGGCACGACUGUGCAGAACAUCCUGUUCCGCUUCGCCGAGCGCCACAACCUGACGGUGGCCCUACCGCACCCAAGCUGUGAGCACCAGUUCUGCUACCCGCGCAACUUCUCGGCGAACUUCGUGCACCCGGCCACGCGGCCGCCGCACGUGCUGGCCAGCCACCUGCGCUUCGACCGCGCCGAGCUCGCGCGCCUCAUGCCGCCUGGCACCGUCUAUGUCACCAUCCUGCGUGAGCCGGCCGCCAUGUUCGAGUCGCUCUUCAGCUACUACAACCAGUAUUGCCCGGCCUUCCGGCGCGUGCCCAACGCGUCGCUCGAGGCCUUCCUGCGCGCGCCCGAGGCCUACUACCGUGCGGGCGAGCACUUCGCCAUGUUUGCGCACAACACGCUGGCCUACGAUCUCGGCGGCGACAACGAGCGCAACCCGAGCGACGACGCCGCCUAUUUGGCGGGCCUCAUCCGCCAAGUGGAGGAGGUCUUCUCGCUCGUCAUGAUCGCCGAAUACUUCGACGAGUCGCUCGUGCUGCUGCGGCGCCUGCUGGCCUGGGACCUGGACGACGUGCUCUACGCCAAGCUCAACGCGCGCGCCGCCAGCUCCCGUCUGGCCGCCAUCCCCGCGGCGCUGGCGCGAGCCGCGCGCACCUGGAACGCCCUCGACGCCGGCCUCUACGACCACUUCAACGCCACCUUCUGGCGCCGCGUGGCUCGCGCCGGCCGCGCGUGCGUGGAGCGCGAGGCGCGGGAGUUGCGCGCGGCCCGCGAGCGCCUUCUUCGGCGCUGCUUCGGUGCGGAACCCGUGCUGCGGCCAGCCGCGCAGAUCCGCACCAAGCAGCUGCAGCCGUGGCAGCCCAGCCGCAAGGUGGACAUCAUGGGCUACGACCUGCCCAGCGGCGGCGCGGGCUCCGCCACCGAAGCCUGCCUCAAACUGGCCAUGCCCGAAGUGCAGUACUCCAACUAUCUACUGCGCAAGCAGAAGCGCCGGGGCACUGCGCGGGUCCGGCCAGAGCCCGUGCUGGACAAUCCCCCGCCUCGGCCCAUCCGAGCGCUGCCCCGCGUCCCCCAGGGCCCUUGAGCUCUGCCUGCCUCCGGAGGCCGGGGCCUGCCCUGCCUUGCCAGGAUCCAUCCUCGGGCUGCCUCUGUGCCUGCCCCAUCACAGCCCUUUCUUAAGGGGCUUGAUCCCCCGCACCAAAUUUGGGGGACGCCUCGCAAACUGAGCCCACUUCCCUGGGGUGGGCUGAACCCUGCCUUUGGGGAGGGUGCUGGUAGGCCCGAUCGAGCCCCGGGCCACCCUCUCUUCCUUCCCAAAUGGUUGGUGACUUUGUCAAGAGAUCUGAGGCCUGUCUAGGACUGACCACCGUGCUUUUUUCUGGGGUCUGAGCUCCCCAC